UGAUUCGAUACACAUGCAAAUAAGCGAAUGAGAGCAAGACCUAGAUGACCGGCACCGGAGUAAAUAAAAGAAAAACCAAAAAGUUCGCUCGUCCUGCUCCUAUCCGUAUAAAGCCCACAAAAAGUAGUGCCAUGGUGCCUUCGCAGUGUCACGUGGCAAGACCCAACGCGCGUUCGCGACUUCAAGCGGCCGGGCGGCACGUCGCCGGACGAAGCUCGCUAGUCUCGAUUUGUUGCAGUUCGCUUUUCUGGUCAACAUUAUACCCCAGCAUUACGACGACCAGCGGCGGAAUAGUACUCGCUCAGGCGCUCUUGCGAAAGCGCGCGAAGAUGAAACUGGGCGCCUCCCAUGACCACCCUACGACGUCCAGCUGCACGAACUCGUCCGCGUCGUCUGCUAGUGCUAGUGGGCAACAAGAAAAAGAACAAUCAUCGAGAUCGAGGAGUUCGAGAGACACAACGGCUACGGCAACAAAUUUGAUUAUUGUUGAGGAAGGCGAAGGAGACCAAGGCCAACAGACGGGGACGCCUACUCUCGCACGGGAACAAAUUGAAGAUUUUGUGUCUUUCUCAAGUAAGCCGUCUGCAGCUUCUUUGAUGUCCUUGCUGAUUCCUGAAAGUUUCGUUCCAAUAGACAGCGACAAGGCUUGGGAAGUUGAAGGUCUAGGUCCUCGUCGCGC